AGGUAUUUUGCUUAUUUCUGCCACUGAUGGCAUGAUGGACCAAACUAAAGAACAUUUGCGCUUAGCCAGUCGAAUUAGUAUUAAGCAUUUUAUCAAUAAAGUAGAUGCAAUAAAAGAUCCUUCUCUCAUAGAAUUGGUAGAAAUAGAAAUUUAUGACUAUUUGACUAAAUUUGGAUUUGAUGAGCAAAAAACUCCUAUUAUUAAGAGAUUAGCUAAAUGUGUUUUGGAAGGUACAAAGCCAGAGAUUAGGAAAAAAAAGAUAAAGGAAUUAUUAUAA